AGGGUCUCAAAUACCGACUUUCUUUGAUCAUUUUUCCUGCGCCAUUAAUUCCUCUCCAGUCGCUUCCUAUCUCCUUGUUAUUCUCGAUAGCCAUGGCAUCUGGUGGAAAGAUCAAGCUCGGAAUUAACGGUUUUGGAAGGAUCGGACGGCUUGUGGCUAGAGUUGCGCUUUUGAGUGACGAUGUGGAGUUGGUCGCUAUUAACGAUCCGUUCAUCACAACGGGUUAUCAGACAUACAUGUUCAAGUAUGACACUGUGCACGGGCAAUGGAAACAUCACGAGAUAACAGUGAAGGACUCCAAGACCCUUCUCUUUGGGGAGAAACCUGUCACAGUCUUUGGCAUCAGGAAUCCUGAGGAGAUCCCAUGGGGUGAGGCUGGUGCUGAUUAUGUUGUGGAGUCUACUGGUGUCUUUACGGACAAGGACAAGGCUGCUGCUCACCUGAAGGGUGGCGCAAAGAAGGUUAUUAUCUCUGCACCUAGCAAAGAUGCUCCAAUGUUUGUCGUUGGUGUUAAUGAGCAUGAGUAUAAAGCUGAUAUUGAUAUUGUUUCUAAUGCAAGCUGCACUACCAAUUGCUUGGCUCCUCUUGCAAAGGUUAUUAAUGACAGGUUUGGCAUAAUUGAGGGCUUGAUGACAACUGUGCACGCAAUCACUGCAACUCAGAAAACUGUUGAUGGUCCAUCAAGCAAGGACUGGAGGGGUGGAAGAGCUGCUAGUUUCAAUAUCAUUCCUAGCAGCACUGGAGCUGCCAAGGCUGUUGGGAAAGUUCUUCCUGCUUUGAAUGGGAAAUUGACUGGUAUGUCCUUCCGCGUACCAACUGUGGAUGUUUCAGUCGUUGAUCUUACUGUUAGAAUUGAGAAGAAGGCCACGUAUGAGGACAUCAAGGCUGCUAUUAAGGAAGAGUCUGAGGGAAAGCUUAAAGGUAUCAUUGGCUACACUGAAGAUGAUGUUGUGUCAACUGACUUUCUGGGCGACAGCAGGUCUAGCAUUUUUGAUGCCAAGGCUGGAAUUGCAUUGAACGAUAACUUUGUGAAACUCGUGACCUGGUAUGACAACGAAUGGGGCUACAGCAACCGUGUAGUGGAUCUCCUUCGCCACAUUGCCAAAUCAAAGUAGAUUGAUGAGAAGCUCGGUGACACUCCCACCUCGCACUAUUAUAAUUUGGCCUUUAUGGUUGUUGUCUUUGUUCCUAAGUUUUAAUGAGAGAAUAAAUGGAUGAGGUGCUUCAAGUAAUGUUGAUGAACAUCGUAGUUUUAUUUUUCCUCGUCAUUAUCUUGGCAUGCGGUUGUGCUUGCCUAUAUUUUGUUAAUUGAGGUUUUGCUAAGACCCCCUGCUAUUUGGGCCACACGUCAAUGUGGUUGUGUUUGCAUUGGUUUUGCAAGUACAUUUUAUGUUUUUUAGUAGAAAAAUAUCUUUGUUGUCUGAUUCUAA